CGGCCCUUCCCUCUGUACUAGUUCUCCACCUCCGGUUACCGGUUCACUAGCGUCUGCGCCUCUUAGCAUCUUCUGAGUUUCUAACCCCAGCGCCUGCCUGCCCGCCCCCCCAUCUCCCUCCCAGCACCCCCCCCCACACCAAAUCGUCCUCCAGCACCUCCCCUCCAGCGUAUUCCCCCUCCCCCCACUGCCUGUUGCUAACUCUAGGAUAUGUUUGCUCUAGAUCUACAGCUUAUUUCUGAUUAAGUAGAAAACGUUUGCAAUUAGCUCAAGGGCAAGUCGGGCAUUGCCAAGGUUUGAAACAAAUUCCACCUUGAAUGGUUAUUUGAAAGAAGGCAGAGUGUCCUGCAAAGGAGAAAAGAAUGGACCCGACUGGGGAAAGGUCUAAAAUAGCUGGAGAAAAUUUGCAGGGGCCUGGUUCCUUUGUUUGGUUUUUAUUAGGCCUGUGCCUCAGUCACCAACUCAGUCAUCUGCCUGCACUGUUCUCUGUUCUCAUUAGCGAAGACAUGACUAAAGUAGGCUCCAUUCCGGUGUUUGUAGGCUGUCUUUCUAGAACGAGGUGUUUAAAGAGGCGCAGCACUGAUUGUAGGUAGAGAGAAUUGAAGUGGUGGGGUUUGGCCUCUCCCUUGGCCCUGGCUUUUCUCCAUCCUUCACUGAGACCUUGCUGGUAGUGCCAAGGCUUUUUUAUGCAUAAUACAGUAGGAAUUGUCCCCAGUCUAUUCAAGCUUUCCUUCAGAAUCAGACAGCAAAUCGUAUGCACUUAAUGCAUACCCUCCAAGAGUUCUGGGUUUCAAGUCUUGCUUGAUUGUAAUCUUGAACAUGGGCGGUGCUGUGAGUGCUGGUGAGGACAACGAUGAGCUCAUUGACAAUUUGAAGGAAGCCCAGUACAUCCGGACAGACUUAGUAGAGCAGGCUUUCCGAGCUAUCGAUCGAGCAGAUUAUUACCUUGAAGAAUUUAAAGAAAAUGCAUACAAAGACUUGGCAUGGAAGCAUGGAAACAUUCAUCUCUCAGCCCCUUGCAUCUACUCAGAGGUGAUGGAGGCUCUGGAUCUGCAACCUGGGCUCUCAUUUCUCAAUUUGGGCAGUGGUACUGGCUACCUCAGCUCCAUGGUGGGCCUCAUUCUAGGUCCUUUUGGUGUGAACCAUGGGGUGGAGCUUCAUUCAGAUGUGACUGAGUAUGCCAAGCAGAAACUGGAUGUCUUCAUCAGAACAAGUGAUAGUUUUGACAAAUUUGACUUCUGUGAACCUUUGUUUGUAACUGGCAAUUGCCUAGAGAUUGCUCCAGAUUGUUGUCAGUAUGACCGUGUGUAUUGUGGAGCAGGUGUGCAGAAAGAACACGAAGAGUACAUGAAGAAUCUUCUUAAAGUUGGAGGGAUCCUUGUCAUGCCCUUGGAAGAGAAGUUGACCAAGAUAACACGCACAGGCCCCUCUGCUUGGGAAACAAAAAAGAUUCUGGCUGUUUCCUUCGCCCCUCUGGUCCAACCCUGCCGUUCGGAGUCAGGACAACCCAGACUUGUUCAGCUACCACCACUGGCUGUGCGCAGCCUGCAGGACCUGGCCAGGCUUGCUAUCCGUGGCAGCAUCAAGAGGGCUAUGCGCCAGGAAGCCACCAGAGGAGGUGGACUGAAGAGCACACCUAUGUUUAAAAGAAGGCGACUUCGUCGUCGGCGAAUGGAGACCAUUGUCUUUUUGGACAAAGAAGUCUUUGCCAGUCGAAUUUCCAACCCCUCUGAUGACACCAGCUGUGAGGAUGCAGAGGAGGAUCGGCGGGAAGUGGCAGAGAGGACCUUACGGGAGGCCAAGCCUGAGCCACCAGUAAACUUCCUUCGCCAGAGGGUAUUGCGCCUCCCAUUGCCCGACCCCCUGAAGUACUACCUGCUGUAUUACAGGGAAAAGUGAGCUUGUGGGAGAGUGGGAACCAGGAUACCCACAACAAUCCGCUGGCCAGGUACACUUGUCUUUUCCCUUCAUUGGUUCCUGACUAUCCUCUAAAACUUUCAUGCAAUGGUGUGAUUCAUUUAAGCACAAUCCAACAAGAAACUUCAUUGAAUUAAUUAUUUUCCUCAGUGGCGGGGGUGGGGUGGGGUGGGGUGUGCAUCUUGUUGGCUUUGCUGUAAUUUGAACUCACUGGGACCUGCAUGAUGUCUGCUCCUCAUGCAGGCAAACUUAUACAUUGAGGCUGGAACUGAAUUGUAUUGGAUCCUGUGUGAAGCAAGGCGCAUGUUUGGAAAGGUGUGAGGGCAUCUUUGGGUGUGACAUACCACUAUUCAGCUUGAAUUUAUGUCGUGAUUCUAUUGCUGGCACUGAGUUCAUCUGACUUUUGUUGUUUUCUAGGUUGGGAAAUGUUGGAAAGCCUCUCUUAUUUUAAUCAAAUCUUAUGUGAAAUAUCAACUUGAAAUUUUUAAAAGGAAAAGAAAAUGAGAUGCAGGAGGAAGAGGAAUAAAAUAUAAAACUGCCAGACGUCUUUCUGAAAUUUCCAAAGGCUUCUAAGUAGUUGACCCUCUCUCCCUCAUGCCCUCUGUUACUUGAUAGGAACCACCAUCAAGUAAUCUCUUACAGGAUAGUCUAAAAAGAAAACAAGUUUUUCUUACUUAAAAAAAAAAAAUGUAUGAGUGAUAAGCUAGUCACUGAAUUGCAAAGACCAGAACAGGUUUCUAAGGUAUUUAAAUGGGAAUUUUCAGAGCAAGUAGAGAGACUGCAGGGUGUUACAGACAGCCCCCUCCCUGCAUACUUCUUGACUUUAGUUUGCUAUCUUUCUGUGAUCAUACUAGAGUAUCAAUUCAUAGAUUUUUAUCUUUUAUAAUUCUGGAAAAAAAAUUGUUAGUUUUGUAAAUUUUCUUAAGAACAGAUAUAUGUAUUUUACUAGCUCCAUUGCAUUAGAGCAGUUUAACCCAGUGAGUUGUGAAAUUUAUUAUCUCCAGGGUGUUGGUGUUGAGAACUAUCAAUUUUUUUUUUUUUUUAAAGCAACCUUUCUGGCUAUCAGAGGGCAGGACUUGAAGUUACAUUGCUGAUUCCAAAAGCUGGCUCUUAAAAAAAAAUCUUUUUUAACCCAAAGAAAAGAAUAGUGUAAAUUGUUAACAAUAAACCCAAAUUAGGGUGUUAAUUUAGGAUUUAAGUACUGAGAUUUUAUGAUUUAUUUUCAGGUUAGCCUCACAUGACUUGCAGGGAGAGGUUUGAUUUGUGAUUUCUCCAGCUUAAAUGGAUAUUUUGGAUCUUUUUUCUUUUUCUUUUUUAAGUUGUUGAAUCAUUUUACCACACAGUAUAGUCUGCAUGUAUAGUUGGUAAAACAUAUAUUGCCCUAUAUUAUAAAUAUAAUGUACACUUACAUUACUUUAAAUAUAAGCUAUUUAAAGAAAGUUCAUAGUUGUUUUUACCUGCCUUUUAACUCCAAGUCAGGCUUCUUUUCUUUCAGAGAGAAAUGCAUGCUCUAACUUGGCUUGCAAAUGUUUGUAGUUUGCAGAUCUUAGUUAAUGUUAACUCUAAUUGUUGGGUAGACUUUUGUUACUGGAAUUUUGAACAUAAAUUUAAAUAAAUCUGUAAAGUCUGUAUAUUAGGUGACUUGACUGAAUUUUUUCCUGUGAUUGAAUGUGGGCUGCAUUUUGAAAAACCACAUUUGCCUUUAUGCUGGAUUAAAAAAUUAUAAUGCAUGAGACAUUUUCCUUUACAUGUUAGACUUCUCUUAGCAUUUUGUAUUUAUAUUUUGUAGUUAUGUUAUCACUCUGCAUUUUAAAUCAUAAUUCAGUUGAAUAGAGUUAUAACAUGUGAGAAAUAGAUUGGUCUUUAUAAAAUCAGGGAAGAAUUGGAAUUUCCUUGUGAGUAAACACACUUUGUUGCCAGAAUUUAGUAUAAUGUACCGCAUUCUUUUUUAGACUACUAAAUCUUAAUGUAAUCAAAUGUCUUCAGGAUCUGUAUUGUAAACAACAUUGACAACUGCUUUUGUUUUAAGGAGUGGUUAUUUUUAAACAUGUGACUUCUGUUUUAAUGUAAGAAUCAAAGGUAUACAUAAAAAUAGAUUUGCCAAUGUGCAACUUAAAGUCGAAAAUCCAAGAACUUUAGAAACACUGUUUUUUUUUUUCAAUGAGAUGAAACACAUGGGGAACUCAAGUGAAUCAAUAAAAAAGUAGUUAAGA